AUGUUUACGCGAGGAAGUCGUGCACUAUUGCCAGCGACUUCAAGUAGUUGCAAUACGGAUCUUCAUUGGAGACAAUUGGAUAGGCGGCUACGCGCCAUUGAGCAACCAGCUUGGACAAUAAGCUUCAGCCAAUCUCGUUGGAGACAGUGUGCGAAAAGUACUUGUCGAUGUGAUUCCGUGCGGCGUUCGCUCAAUUGCUGGCGGGCGGGUUUUACUGCACUCACUCCAGACCUGGUCGUCCCUGCUGAUUUGAUUAAUAUAGACUUGGGCACUAACAAACUGCGGACAUUGCACAAGACGACGUUCAAAGGCAUGCGCUCGCUCGCCGAACUGGACAUGUUCGACAAUAACGUCGAAUAUCUGCCAGCUGGUAUAUUUGACUCAUUGGUCAAUUUGAGAAUACUACGUCUUCAGCGAAAUUACUUAGAAGAAAUUGACGAUGAUGCUUUUAGAUCAACAAAGAAACUUUUUCACGUAGAUUUAUCAAAUAAUUUCCUAAAUUCACUGCCUGAAAAGCUGUUCAUAAACAAUUCUCUUUUAGAAACGAUCGAUAUUUCGAAUAAUCAUAUUACGUACAUUCCUUCAGACAGUUUCGUUGGCCUAGAAUCACUGCAAAUACUAGAUUUAUCUAAUAAUAAAAUUCAACGAAUAGAAAAUGGUACUUUUACUCUAAUAACGCUUCAAAUAUUAAAAGUCUCAGACAACAAGAUAUCUAAUAUAAGUGAAAAUGCAUUUGAGAGUUUACGGGCUUUAGAAACGUUAUUACUGGGGCGAAACAAACUAAGAAGUGUACCAAUUCGCCUGUUUCACAAAUUGGACUGUCUGACUUUUCUGGAUUUAUCUAGUAACAAUUUGAUGAGUCUUACAGGAGUGGAAUUCGAGAAACUUCACCAAUUACGUAUCUUGGACUUAAAAGAUAAUGCCCUGAUAGAGUUACCGAAUGAUACUUUUUCAAAUUGUAUCAACUUAGAAAAACUUGAUUUAUCUAAAAAUAGAUUACGAUUCCUAAAUGCCACCACUUUUGCUGGAUUAGAAAAUCUGACUUCACUUUUGUUAUCUGAAAACAAAUUAUUUGAAGUUCAUUUUAAGACAUUUUUAACAUUAAAAAACUUGACAACUUUACACUUGGACAAUAAUAUGUUUCCUUCUUUGCCAUCACGAACACUGGAUUAUACACCAAAACUUGCAAUUGUUAAACUAUCCGGCAACCCUUGGCAUUGUGACUGCCAUGCAUUGUACAUUUCAGCGUGGGUGCGGUUAAACGAAAUGAAAAUUUGGGACUAUUCCCCUACUUGCGUGUCACCUUGGUAUUUAGAAGGUCAUUUUCUCAAGAAACUAAAGUUUCCCGAACUUUGCUCAGGUCAAUGGGCAAGUAUGGUAAACCUUUCACCUCGCCUACCCAUUCAACACCUUUUAGCGCUUAAUGUUUCAGUAAAUAGGAAACCUCAAGACAGCAUGGAGCAAAACCAUGACGUCACUACUGUUGAUGCUUGGCAUUAAAAAAGUGUGGUUUUUUACACUCAUCGGCAUGUCAGCUUUUAA